AUGGCAAGCCAAGAUCCUACCCAUACGCCUCCACCUGACAGCAGUUUGUGCAGAUUGCGCAAAAGGACUGCCGUGCCAUCCCUGAGAGACGCGGCGAACUCGUUCACGGAGCCUGAUGUGGGAGCGCCGACCGAAGAAGCUGACGCAACAGCGUCUCUCACGGACAGUGAUGCGGAGAGGAAUUCGCAUGGGGGGCGUGAUACGGCCCAGUGGACGAGGGAGGACUCGGAUAGGUUCGACGAGCUGCGCAAUGAGCCAAGUCCCUCCCCUGAAUAUCGCGAGCGGCUGUACGUCUCCAAGGAGGAGUUCACUCUCGCAGAGCUCAAAGUUGCGAUGAAGCCAUUCAUUGGAGGCGAUGUUGAAAUCCUCAACGCCGAGUAUAGACUGCAUGCCAUUGAGCGUUUCCGAAUGUAA